UCGUCCAGCUCUGGUAUCAUCCCUACCCCACGACGUCGAGUUCGACGAGGACACGAACGUUAACCGAAACUUACCGAAGUUAGCCGAAAUGGUUCCGAGCGAAUGGUAUGGGGCGUAAGAUUGUCAGUCGCACGCCGGUCGUUGAAUGGAGCGGGUUUGGAGACGCGUACAAGGUGUCGGGCGUCGCAGUGGCGUAGGACGCUGCGGCUGCCCCGUGCAACCAUGUCAGUUGCACGUGGACCAACGCGCGAAGCGUGGUGCCAGUGGAUCUCGAAGAUCACGAGGUCCACAAACGAUAGUAUGUGCUUGUCAAGUGCAACCGUGUCCGGUACAUCCGGUAUUAAUAAGAGUUCGUCGUACGAGACAACAACAACAGCAACCGGUAGUAGGCAACUGCGACUGUCCAAACGAGUUGCAAUCUUGUUCGCACCUACCCCGCGCUGCUGGAUCUUCGCGGAGGGUCAGAAGAUGCGAAUGUACAGAGAGACCUUGUCGACAUACAGCCAGUGGUACUGUCUCUCAACAACAACAGCAACAACGUCGUUUAGGGACUUCGUCUCCUUUGGCUGGUUCCUCGAAUCAAAUAAGUCAACAACAACAACAGCAACAGCAACAAUCGAUAACCGUAGGAACGUCACAACAACAAGAGAGAUCAUCGAGCUCAGUUGUCGAGCAGAAUCGUACAGACGGCGGCGAGGCGCCGUGCGAGUGCGACUGCGACGAGCAAUCAAGGCCUUGCUCCCAUGAGCCAAGGAUGAUGAUGAUCACGACACGCCGUACAGCAACGGCUACUCGCGCAACCUGCGAAUGUGGAAAAACCACGGAAAACGUUGACGAGGACGACGAAGAUAGCGUCGCUGGAACUCGACCGUGCUCUCAUAAACCACAAACCGAAGGCCGUAUCAAACGAGUUAAAUACCGUGUUAGACGUGCUGGUUGCGCGAUGGCCAGAUGCACGGCCGAGCUCGCGAUGUUGCACUUGCACUGGGAGCUCGCCUCCGAAUGUGCGCCAUGCCGGCCACGGGCAUUCACCAGAAGACUCUGUAGAAGACAACAGAGUGAUAACGAACUGUACAGGAGUAAUAGUUUCAAGUUUGAAAGGUUCGAGAGAAGCAGAGAUGAAUAUGCUACGCCGUUGAAGAAACAGGUCUCUUUGUGCGACGAGUAUAGUUUACCGGUCGAUUUCGUAAACAAGAAACGUCCCGCCAGUGCUGCGGCUGCAACUUCCUCGUCGAUUCAGUGGACUUUGCCAAGUCCUACAGUCGAGAACGCAGAGAUUGAAGUCGUGGAACAAUACAGCGAUCCUAGAGAUAGCAAAAGUAAGGCUUACAUCGAGCCAGGAGCUGAGACUUCAUUGCCAACGAUUUACAGCAGAGUAAAUCGGAAUUAUUGUCGACCAUAUACAGAUCCAUCGGCUUCCGGGUCGUCUUGCGAAGAUGAGAUCACCGAGGAACGUUUCACCGGUGCUAGAAAACGCAAGAACAGUUUGCACGCGUCGAGCUCGUUACGCGCUGCUUCAGUAGAAAGCGACAGGCCACUAUCGACUGAUGGUGUUCUCGUUGAUUGCGUUGCGUUAGUUCACCUCGCUGAUCAAUCCUCUACGGAUUCCAAUCAACCCGCUCGUCAUCCGUCGCCGUAUUAUUACGGGGAUCUCUUCAAAGUACCGGAACAUCCGAUAAGAUCACAGCCGAGUAAAUAUAGAAAGAGUGUGAGUCUCGACGUGCCCGAGGAACGUUCGAGAACACCCGGUAUACCGAAGAGAAAUUCUCUGGCGGGUGAUGGGGGUCCCUAUUCGCCUCAUCAACAGCAGCAUCAACAUCAGCAGCAGCAACAACAGCAGCAGCAUUAUCAACAGCAACAGGGUGGACAGCAAAAAGGACAACAGCAACAACAUCCCCAACAACAGCAGCAGCAGCAGCAGCAGCAGCAGCAGCAGCAGCAGCAGCAGCAACAACAACAACAGCAACAGAAUUAUCAGAACCAAGAUCUAGUGAGCCCCACAUCGGGGAGCGAGCAUGCUGUCCCAGAUAGAAACAGCGAGAUCCUCUCGUCGUGCAUUAUCACGGAGUGGGUUCACACACUCAUGCCUCCACCUAGGCUGCUGAGCCAUGAUCUUCCGAGUACCGUUUGUACGUGCGUCGCAUCAGCCGAGGAAGAAGAGGAUGAGCUAGAUCGACGACAGCCGCAGAGUACGCGGCAACAACAGCAAACGCAACAGCAUCAGCAGCAACAACAACAGCAACAGCAACAGCAGCAACUCCUUCAUCAUCAUCAUCACCACUAUCACCAUCAUCAUCACCAUCAGACAGCACCGCGGAAGUUACGACGUGCCAGAAGAAUAGAUCCACAACCGAUUCUCGUGGAGGACGAGGACGACGUGGAGGGGGAGGACGAGGAAGAGGAGGAGGAGGAGGAGGAGGUGGUGGUGGCUGGUUUGGAGGAAGACGAGGAAGAGAUGGCGAGGCAACGUCAUCUCUACGAGACAGCCUUCGAUUGCAAGGUCAAUCGUUCUGACGACGACCUCGAUGAUCUCGAUCGAGUUACCAAUCAUCCGGUACUGCAUUCGCAAAUAAGAAGCAGUAGCGCUUUGGCCGUGAGUCGAACGAGUUCGUUGACCGACACGUCGAAGCAGCAACAACAACAGCAACAGCAACAACAGCAGCAGCAGCAACAGCAACAGCAGCAGCAGCAGCAACAACAACAACAACAACAACAACAACAAAUUCCUUACGCUGGUCAACCGCAUUCGAGCAAAGACCAUCGACGCAAAGUCGUACUUCUCCGCCCAAAACCAAUUCCGAGCCGUCUUCAGCAACAACAACAGCAGCAGCAGCAACAACAACAACAAUCAGACAAUAUUUCGACUCUGUCCCAGGAUAUCGAAUCCCUCCAGAUAAACUCGAGCGAUGAAAAAACUGGCUCGCCGAGACUUCCUGCGAGAGGUUACACGCCCUCGCCGCCAUCAACGGCACCCCUACCCGCGAAAUUUCAUGGGAAUCGCGAUCACCUAUUGCUGAACAUACGCAGCGCACCUAAUUUGCCAUCCCAACCUGAUCAUCCACGUUUGAAGGAUAUGAGACUGCCCGUGAAGUCUACGUUACGUGCCAAGGAUUCUCCUCAAAGUAGCGAGGGCAGCAUUUUAGAGAUCAAGAGCCGACCUAAGAACUUCGUUCAGGAAAACGUCGAGUCAUCUCAAGGCCGUCGUUUCGACAAGGAACUCAUACUCGAGUUCAAGAGCAGGCCAAGAGACGAGAGACAACGUCCAAGAAGUUUGAUACGCGAGAGCAAACCUAUCAUGGAGUUUAAGGGUAGGCCUCACGAGGCUGAGAGUGACCUUGCACGUCCAAGAAGGGAGGCCGGCCUUUUGGAAUUCAAAUUACGUAACAGCAGGCGCAGAGCUGGAUAUUCCAGUACCGAAAGUAUGGCGACCAGUAGUAGCGGCGGUAGCAUGGAGUCUUUGAGAAGCAGCACCAGCGAAGGUAAUCGAUCUACGAGCAGCUCGGAAAGUCGUCACAGUACCAGUCUCAGUUCUCACAGCUCCGACAGCGGUGGUACAAAUUGUUAUCACCAUCAUCAUCAUCAACAACCGUCUUUAACGGGCUUCCUGACGCAUCAUGCCAAUAAACUUCAUAUACUUUCGCCAAUUUCGGACAAGUCCUCGCAGGAGCCAGCCUCUGAGACCUCGGACAACAAUCGUAAUAACAAUUCCCAAAAGGCAUCGCCUGAGGAAAGCAUUACCACCGAAAAUAACGUUAUGCUGACCAACAAUACCAACACUAACACGAAUACGAAUACGAACGCAGCCAACACAAAUACCAAUUCCGUCACGUCUCCCAUGGACACGUCCUUUAAAAAGAGACGAACUCCUCAAAACAAGAAUCUGAUUAAUUUAGCUCUCCAAUCGUCGUCUUCCGGAGAUGCGGAAAUUCAAGGCUCCGACAGUGGUAUCUCCAUCGAGUCCCGAGCCGGUAUCAAGUGCAAGCCCUUUGGUUUUCACUUGGUAAAACCCCAAUUGGAUAACAUCAACAUAGUCGAUAACGAACCGGAACUAUCCGAUUUGCCGUUUGACAUGCCGAAACUUCGUAGACGAAGAUUGCUCAUGCAACAGGAUGCAACAACAUCCGGUAGCGCGACAAGUGUCGAUUUGAGAGAUUUGCCCUUUGACAUGCCAAAACUUAGAAGGAGACUUAGGUGCACUCAAAGCACCGAAUCUAGUGCAUCUCAAGCUUCUUCGAGUUUAUCGGUACGCGACGUCGAACCAUCUGCUCUCUUUGGCGGCGGUCUGGCGCGUCCAAAGAUGACUCUGAAUCUGGAAGCUGGUGGAAAUGCUUCCGGGGGUGGAACGAACGUCGGACAACUGGCGUUAAAGAAGCCUGGUGGACUUAGCCUCGGAUUACCUUUAGAAAUGAAUGUUGCAAGAGGAUCAGCUGAUCUAGUUGAUGUCGAUUUACCUUUGGAGAGACAGGGGUGGUAUCAUGGUUCUAUCACGAGAAUCGAAGCCGAAGCUGUUCUCCGACUUCUUCGCGAAGGAAGUUACUUAGUGAGGAACAGCGAAUCGACCAAACAAGAUUACUCGUUGUCUCUCAAGAGUGCCAGAGGUUUCAUGCACAUGCGUAUACAGAAGAACGAAGAGCUGAACGCUUACAUAUUAGGACAGUUUAGCAAACCCUUCGAAAGUAUACCAGAAAUGGUUCGUCAUUUCAGCGUGAAUCGGCUUCCAAUACGUGGUGCCGAGCAUAUGUGUCUUCUGCAUCCUGUUAUAGCACAGCUUUUGUAGCGCAUCUAUCGUAGCGCCGUUUAAAUGGAGGCGCUGCCUUUCUCGAGACACUUUUUGAUAAUUCGUAGUUUUCUUGUGACGAAUGAAGUAAAACAAACACAAAUACCUCCGGCAUAGCUCGAUAAUGAAAUAGGAAGAAAGGAAGAGAGAGAGAGAGAGAGUGUGUGUGUGAGAGAGAGAGAGAGGAGAGUGAGAGAGAAUGAGAGAAUGAGAGAAUGAGAGAUUGAGAGAUUGAGAAAUUGAGAAAAGAAAACAAGGAUGGAAAUGCGUUAACUACGUGUGUGUAUAUAUGUGUAUAUAUAUAUAUAUAUAUAUAUAUAUAUAUAUAUAUGUAUGUAUGUAUGUAUGUAUAUGUAUAUAUACACAUACACAUAUAGAGUAAAUAACGAAGAAUUUUUUUUAUAGAUGUAAUGCAAAAGCACUUAUUUUCCGAAUCGACGAAAUCUUCCAGAUCUGAACGUAAAAAAUUUGUAGAAUAUCGUUUUUUACUCUUCCACGUGGAAAAAGAAAUUAAUUUCUGUAAAAUGAGGAAUUAGAAACAAGAGGAGUGGGAAAAUUGAUAGAAUUUGAGGGAGAGAUGGAGGUAUACAUAUGUUUAUAUAUAUUAUACGAGAUCGUCGAGCUAGACAAUAAUCGACUCGAUUGAAAAGAAACGUAAUGGAAAAUGGAUAUACGAGGUUAACAGUACAAAAUAAUAAUCAGCCAAGGAAUCUCUGUGAAGAAUAACUGUAAAACGAAGGAAAUAAUUGAAGGAGUCACGCGAACGAUAUCUAUCAUCGAUCGUACGAAAUAUUUUCCAGAGCUUCUCAAAUUCGUUGACAAAUAAAAAUAAUCGGGGAAUUUUCUUCGACGUUUUAUUAUUCACGAGGAUAUGUUAUGUCCUUUCCGUCUUCCCGUUAAAAAAAAAAAAAAGAGAAAAAGAAGAAAUAAAAAAUAAAAAAAUAAAAAGACAAAUAAAAAUAAAUACGAAGAAAGGGAAAGCAGUAACAUUGGAUGAAGAAAAAAGGAAGAAAGAAAAAAGAUUAAUAAUAAUAGAAAACAAAGGAAUAGAAAAGAAAAGGAAAUAAAAGAAACCUACCUCCGAACGUACGAUCGUUGUGUUGCGUCCAUGAAAUUAACACGACGACAUUUUGGAUCGUUGGACAACGAAUGAAUGUGUAUUAGAAAACUAAAAGUUACGGCAAUGAUCUUUAACAAAAGGAACGAUAUGUCUACGUCAAAAGGAAUAUUGAUAGUUGUGAAAAAGAGAGAGAGAGAGAGAGAGGGAGAGAACGAAACAGAAGAAAAAAAGAAAAAAAGAAAAGAAAGAUGUGUAAUAAAAUAUAUAAAAAAUAAUGAUCGACGAACUUGGGCUAUAACAAGGAUUCUGUUUAUUCAGUGAUAGAUUCUGAUUACUGAUCUUGUCGUUUAAUUUUUAAUAAAUGUAUGAACGAACAUCAGAAUAUCAGGAUUUGGAAUUAAAUGAUGAAAAGAAAAAUUAAACGAUAUCUUUGAUAAUUGUGUAGAUAAGAGGACGUUUUAAUGAUAAUUUCUGAAGUACCCUAUUAUACCGAGGCUAUUAUUGUAAUUGUAAAAGAAUGGUUCCUGAAUAUCGUGGACGAAUAAAAUCGUCGAACGAUGGGGAAUAAAUAACGAGAAAUUUUUCAUGGUGUUGAUAUAAUUGCGCUUUGAUGAGAUUUAGAAAGGUGAAGAUUGAUGCAAUGAAAUUAUUGCAAUUUACGGGGAUAUUUGAAGGACGUUAAAUUUCUGUCCUUUAUUCUUUGUAAUUGAUGACAAAAGGGUUGGAAGGAAGGACGCGGAUGAAACCGCGGUAAUAAAUGCCAAAGCUUAAUCCUAAUCGUAAUAAUAAUAAUUUAGUCAGAAUUUAGUUAACCGUCACCGUUGAUAAGUGAUUAGACUUAGAUCGCUGAUUGAGUGUGUCGGUGUGAUGUGAAUAAAAAAGAAAAAAGGAAAAGAAAAAAAAGACAUAAACUCUUUCACGUGAAAUCGAAUGAAUCGAAUACGAGAAGAUAGGAGGAAGGUGAUUUUUUUUUUUUUUUUUAAAGGAUCAGCGGUCAGUAGUCAGUCCGAAUCAUCGAUGACUCGUAUCAGCCGAGUCAUCCGUCCGACAAUUUGUAAUUUUUCGAAAGAAUUUUUACGAAUGUGAUGAGAUGAAAGAUAGAAGUGACAUAGAAAGAAAGAAAGAAAGAAAGAAAGAAAGAAAUUGAUGGAAAGAUAGAUAGAUAGAUAGAUAGAUAGAUAGAUAGAUAGAGAGGGAGAAAGAGAGAGAGAGAGAGAGAGAGAGAGAGAGAGAGAGAAAGAGAGAGAGAGAGAGAUGCAACCGAUACAUAUUUUUUCAUGUGAUAUUAAUUUGUUACAGAGGAGAGAAUAGCCUAGUUUUACCUGUGAUCUGUUAUAUUUAAUUCCAUUUUAAUCCUUAUAUUUGUUGCUCGCUAAAUAUAUUGUGCAAUAUUCUCGUACGAAGAAGAUAAGAAAGGAAAAAAAAAAAGAAAAAAAAACGAAAGAAAAUGGGAAAAGGGAAAACCGAAAGAUUUAUCGUGAUCUAUUAUUAUUAUCAUUAUUAUUAUUAUAUUAACUAUGAUGAAUUGUGGGAUGAAAGAAAAGAUGAGAGGAGAGAAAGAGGAAGGAAGAAAUGAAGGAAGAAAAGAAGAAAGGAAAAAGAAGAAGAAGAAGAAGAAAAAGAAAAAGAAGAAAAGGAGAAGAUAGAACAAAAGAAGAAGAAGGUGAAGAAGAAGAAGAAUAAGAAGAAGAAGAAGAAGAAGAAAAAGAAGAAGAAUAACUAGCAGCUUAUUCGUAGUCAGAAAAUGCAACGACGCGUAUCGAUUGCGUGCUGAAGAUUAUAUAAGAUAUAUUCGUAUCGUCCGUGUGUGAGCGUUACAAUAAUUUUUCGAAGCGAUUCGAUUCACGACGGUUGUGAGUGCGAAUUUUUGUUAGUCACCAAAACUCUGAGUGAUCUUUAAAAAAAAAAAAAAUGAUAAAAAACAUUCAUUAAUAAAUAUAUAUAUAUAUAUAUAUAUAUAUAUAUAUAUAUAUAUAUAUAUAUUGAUUAGGAAACUUAGGAGAUAAUUAAUUGAUUAAUCACAAUCGAUUGGUAGCGAGUGCUGCUGCGAAUAAAAAAACCGACCAAAUCGCGUUAAAGGCUUGCUUUUUAUUAACUAUUAUAAUUCGUCCAAAGUCACGCGGCUAAUACUAAGUAAGUAUGUACGAAGAUACCAUAAGUACAUACGUAUGUAAGUACGUGUACGCGUCAAACUAUUUUCUCCUUUACGCUUUCUAACAUUAUCUAAUCUAAACUAACAACUUGAUCUAAUUUUCGCGAGUACGAGGAUAAAGUAAUAAUACAAAAAAAAGAAAAAAGAAAGAAAAAGUAAAAAAAAGAAGAAGAAGAAGAAAGAUAAAAGACAAAGGAUAUAAAGAUAGAGUAUUAGAGAUAGUAGAUCGUAUUUGGCACUCCCUACCAUUCCGCGUUUGAUUAGGUUUUCAAUGUAAUACGACACGUUGUACUUUAAGCUGCCAGUAUUAUUAACUGUAAUCGAUAAUGCAUAUCCAUGUUAAUGUUUAAGACAUUAUUAUUGUCCCCCUUCCCUUUGAUCCCAGCCCAAAAUCCAACCCUUAACCCUUACCAUUCUCCGUAUGAGCGAUUAUAUUGAAACUAUAAUCUAUAUACAUAUAUAAAUAUAUUAUAUUAUACAUACAUACAUACAUACAUACAUAUAUACAUACAUAUAUACAUACACAUAUAUAUACAUACAUGCGUACAUACGUACGUACAUACGUACAUAUAUACAUACAUACAUACAUACAUACACACAUACAUACAUAUAUACAUACAUAUAUACAUACGUAUAUAUAUAUAUAUAUUUAUUUCAUUAUUACAUUGAUUGAUAAAAGGAACAAAAAAAGGAAACAUCAUCUCGUAUCGUUAACGCCAGUGGUCUUACGCCUGAUAUAUUCUGUAUACCGUUGAUUUAUCGUAAGAUCUUACAGGGAGUGGAUUUAAAAGAAAAAAAAAAAAAAAAAAAAAAAAAAGCAGAAAAAAGAAAAAAAGAAAAAACGAAGAAAGGAAUCUCGUAGUUUAAUCCUAGAUUUAGAAGAUGCAUAGUAUAUGAAAGAAAAAAAAGUAAGGAAAAAGAAAACGUCAUUUAUCAGAAAACAAAAGAAACGGGAACGUAGUCGUAACAACAAUAAUAAUAAUAACAACUACAACAACAACAACAAUAACAACAAACAAACAAUUAACAAGUAACUUAUGUGGUAGCACUAAAACUUUGUAGAUACUUCCUGUACCUUGAAAUUUAUAUGACGUAGCGUUUAGAUCUGGCGUACAUAAAUAAUAUAUAUACAUAUAUAUAUAUAUAUAUAUAUAUACAUAGAUAUAUAUAUUAUAUAUAUUAAUACAAAAAAAAAAAAUAAUGUUAGCGAGUAGUCCCUAGUAAUGGGGGUUUACGAUAUAAAAGAAAAGGUCGGUUUGCGAUUGGUGAAUAUAAACAGAAAGACAAAGAAAAAACUAGAAAGAGAGCGAGAGAGAAAAAGAGAGAAAAAGAAUUGUGCGUUAACGAUCGUUUGCCCCCAUAAAACUACUGUGUACACACCCAUUUUGUGUAAGAGAAUCUUUGAAACGUGUGUGAUGUGCAAUAAUAAACGAGAGAAAGCGCGAAAAAAAUAGAAAAAAAAUGGAGAGAGAGAGAGAGAAAAAGAGAGAGAGAGAGAGAGAGAGAGAUGUAAUAUGCAGUACGAUUGCGUUUUUUGAAAUGCGAUUCUGUAUUUUUUUGGUUCUUGUUUUUUGUUUUUAUUGUUUUAGCCGCAGACCACCGAUGUUCCGAAAUCGACUUCGCUAGCUAGUCUUGUGUACUCUGGAAUUCCUCCUUAAUAAUAAAACAUUUAAUAAGUC